AUGAGUGACGAUGAUCUCCAGAAAGAACUGGCAGACCAAGGGGUAACCCGGGUCUACCGUUUCAUGAAACGUGUUAACGGCAAGAAAGAGGCAACCUAUACCAUGGAUCUGACCAUAACCGGCUCCACUCCCCCAUCCUAUGUCUUCUUCGGCUAUAUUCGUGUUCCAACCCGAACCUACUAUCCCCGUCCUUUGAUGUGUAACAAAUGUGGUUAUUUCGGCCACACUAAACUUCGAUGCGAGCAAAACGAAACCUGCCUAGAUUGUGGUGAAACCGCAGUUCAUCCAAAUUGUUCGAAAGACCCAAAAUGCCCAAAUUGCGAAGGUCCCCACCCAGCAUUCAGUCGGAACUGUACAAAACAACAAGAAGAGCAGGCCAUCGAAGCCAUUAGGACCGACACCCACCAAGACAACAAGGACAAAAGGAUUCGAGAGCUGGAAAAUCAAGUUGCUCUCCUUAUCGACCAGCUCAAAAACCUCCAGAACUGCGCCAAUUUGGUUGCCGAAACCGUAGAAUCUGCCGAUUCCGACGACACGAUGCUUUCCGAAAGCAGCUCCACCUCGUCCACCCCGAAGAGGAACCGGAACCGUGGGUCUUCUGAGGAACGCAGCACCAAAUCAGAACUGGAACUGAAAAAGAAGCGACACCAUCCCCCAUCCUCGACCUUUCCCACAUUUACACUGAUGGUUCCAAGAAUGAUAAUAUGA